CAACCAGCCCAGCCUCCCUCCUUUUCUUCCUAAUUUGAAUUUCAAAAUAAAGCACACAAGUUUCUCAUUCCGAUUCCCUAAAACAAACAGAGGGAAAUAACCGUUGUUAGUCCAAAGAACUCAUUCUAUCGUAUCUAGGUUUUGCUCCCUCCUCUGCCCUCCCCUCCCCUCCCCUACAGAUUGGAUCGGAUCAUCAACAGAAAAGAAAAAAAAUGGAAAAGUAUGAGAAACUGGAGAAGGUAGGCGAAGGCACAUACGGCAAAGUGUACAAAGCCAAAGACAAAGUAACAGGGCAAAUAGUCGCCCUCAAGAAAACACGACUUGAAAUGGACGAAGAAGGCGUUCCUCCUACCGCUCUUCGCGAGGUUUCUCUCCUUCAAAUGCUCUCUCAAUCUCUCUACGUCGUCCGCCUCCUCUCCGUCGAACACGUUGACGCCAAUAGCACCAACUCCAAUCUUGAUGACUCCAAUCCCUCCAAGCGCAACCACAACAACAACAACAAAUCCAAUCUCUACUUGGUUUUCGAAUAUCUCGACACGGAUCUCAAGAAAUUCAUCGAUUCUCACCGCAAAGGUGCCAACCCUAGGCCUCUCUCGCCUUCGCUGAUACAGAGUUUUCUCUUCCAGCUUUGCAAGGGAGUUGCUCACUGUCACAGCCACGGUGUGCUUCACCGCGAUCUCAAGCCUCAGAAUCUGCUUCUUGAUCAGGAGAAAGGGAUUCUUAAGAUUGCUGAUUUGGGAUUAGGUCGUGCUUUUACUGUGCCUCUUAAGAGUUAUACCCACGAGAUUGUUACUCUUUGGUACAGGGCUCCCGAGGUGUUGCUUGGUUCCACUCAUUAUUCCACUGGCGUCGAUAUGUGGUCCGUCGGUUGCAUCUUCGCUGAAAUGUCAAGAAGGCAAGCUCUGUUUCCCGGUGACUCAGAGUUUCAACAGUUGCUUCAUAUUUUCAGGCUGCUGGGAACACCGACUGAAGAGCAGUGGCCAGGAGUUACUGCUCUCAGAGAUUGGCAUGUCUAUCCGAAAUGGGAGCCUCAAAACCUUGCCCGGGUUGUCCCGUCACUGGGACCUCAAGGGGUGGACCUCUUAUCGAAGAUGCUCAAGUAUGAUCCAGCUGAAAGGAUCUCGGCCAAAGCAGCCAUGGAUCAUCCCUAUUUCGACAGCCUUGACAAGUCUCAAUUCUGAAGCUGAUUACCUGGCUAUAAGAUUUUGGGAGCUGUAGCUUUCUGCUUCCAUCAUGCAUUUUAUAGGAGCGCUUCCCCGUGGUGAAGCUUUUCUUAAAAUAUGUUUGGUUCAUCCUCUCGGUGAUGUAACAUUUGAACUUUGUCAUCACGCAUAUGAUGUUUGCAAUUUAUGUUAACAAUCUCUAUGGCAUGCCAAGUUUGCAAAAUAUCAAUUGUUUUAAGAAUGAAAUUGAUCCCUGGUGAACUGCUGAUCAAGAUGAUUUAGAACUGUUCUGUAAGAAAUCAAGUAUAGAGUAUUCACUGGUAUAUGUAAGUGGCGAUUCAUUUUCA